AUGUUCACAAAUCUUAGAUCUACAGACAACACAAUUAGAUAAUAAGCAGAAUAAGAAUUAUACACUUAGGUUGCAGCAAAUCCAAUAGCAAUACUUGAAUAGUUUUUGAUAGCAAUGUAAAACAAAGAUGACACAGAAUUUGUAUCCAUAUUAUUAUCUAAAACAAUCUUUGAGAAUGAAGAGAAUAUUGGUAAGUUAGAAUGGAGUCAUGUUGAAGCUGUAUUAAAGUUCUGUGUUAGUGAAUUGAAAUAAGAAAAUAAGUUGUCUCAUCUUAAGAGAAUGUGUGAUUUGGCGGUAAAAGGAUUACUAAAGUUCACAAAAUAUGAUGAAAUGAUUAUGUUAUUAUUUGAGAUAGGCAGAAGUGCUUAAACUUUAAAUUAGAAGUUAGCUACAAUGUAUUACAUAGAAAUCAUGUGUGAAUUUGCAUUAUGUGAUGAAUAAUUAAUUAAACACAGUUAAUAAUUGAAUGAAAUAUUUUCAGCAUUUUUGAAUGACUAAUCACCUUAAGUAAGAGCAGCAACUUGUUAAGGAAUCAGUAGUUUCUUAGUAUCAAUUGAAGAAGAAUCAUUAUUGAAUAGAUUUAGUAAUAAUGCAGUAGUUUUAUUAUAAUAAUUUGCAUAAGUAAUGUAAGUUGAUUAAGAAGCAUCUGUUCAAGCCUUAUAAUCAAUUAAUGAAUUAUUAGAAAAUCAUCCUAAGUUUAUGAAAAAUCUAUAUGGAGAAUUAUUAAAUAUCUAUACAUAAUUAAUGGGAUCUUAAACUACUAUAUCAUUAAAAAAGUCAGCACUUCAUGGUCUAUAAACUUUAUGUUAAAUUGCCCCAGCUUUUAUUAGAAAGAGUGAUCAAUUCAAGACCUCUUCUAUUCUAAUGAUAAUGAAGAUGUUAACAGAAGUAGAUAGAAAAGAUUGGGAAAAUACUUUUGAUGAUAAUUGUUUAUAAUUAAAUGAUUUAUCAAGUGUUGCAGAAGAUUGUUUAGGUAAAAUGGUUAGAGAUUUGGGAGUGAAAUAUUUGUUACCUAUUUUUGUUCCACUUAUUAUGUAAGCAUUAAGAUCACCAGUAAUUAAUGAAUAACAUGCUGGUUUGAUAGCUAUGGCAACAUUAUCAGAUAAAGCAGCAGAACAUUUCUAGAAUGAAUUACCUAGCAUUAUGGAAUUAAUAUUACCAUUAUCUUAAUCAUAAAAUAAAUUGAUUAUUUAUGAUUUAUUAACAUGUUUAGCAUCACUUUGUUAAGAAUUUACACCAAAGAUUUAAAUUAAUUAUGGAUCAUAGAUUUUAUAAUUGAUAGUUACAUGUAUGUAACAAAAGAUUUCAUAAAAAAUUCAAUAUAUUUCUAUUGCAUGUUUAGUUGAUUUUACUAGAGAAUUAGUAGAAGACAAGGAGGCAGCAAAGAAUGUAUUGACUCCAGUAUCAACCUUUUUGAUUGAAUAAUUAUACUCAGUCAUUCAAACAAAUUUAACAGGUUCAAUAGAUUAAUAAUAAUAAUAAAUAUUAGAAUAAGCACUUUCAGCAUUCAGUGCUUUAGCUACAAGUUUAUAAGAACAUUUCACUUAAUAUUAUGAUUAAAUGAUGCCAUAUAUGAUGUAAAUGAUGUAGACAGUUACAGUUAAUGAAGUAAAAUCAUUAUUAUUAGAAUGUAUUGGUUGUUUCUUAGUAUCUAUUAGUACAACAAGAAAAGAAUAAUGCAAAACUGAUUCUAAUUAAUUAGUCACACAUUUUAUCUAAUAAUAAAAUAAAAUGGAAUCAGAUGAUCCUGCUCAUACAUCUAUAUUCUUCUUCUAUACCUAAGUAGCUACAGCUUUAAGAUGUGAAUUUGGUUAAUACUUAGAUGCUAUAUUCCCAUUAGUUGAAAGAGCUAUGAGAUUAGAUGUUGGUUUCUCAAUCAAUUCAUAGGCUGAAGGAAAGAAUAUUACUAAAGUCAAGUUAGAUCUUAAAUUCUUAGGAAUGAAAAGCUUAUCACUCAAUACUAGUGCUCUUGAAUAAAAAGUAGAAGGAGCUCAUACUCUUGUUAAUUUAGCUGAGUAAUGUGGUAAAUCAUUUUAUCCAUAUAUAACUAAAACAAUAGUUUUAAUGAAAGAAUUCAUUAAUUNA